AACUCACAAGUGAAGAAACAAUAAACAAGUUCUGGUGCAGUGCUCUGUAACAGUAACAGUAACAGAAUUCUGUGCAAGUGAAGUGCCCGCCAAGAAACGAAGCUCCCUUCGUUAAUUUCUUCUCCUAUAUCUCCUCUCCUUCACUUUCCAAUCUCCAACAGAUUCAGUAAUCAAUCAAUCAUGACGAGAGCAGACAUCGAUACCAGUUCUCCAUUCAAGUCCGUCAAGGAGGCCGUCGCUCUCUUCGGUGAGAAAGUUCUCGCCGGUGAACUCUCUGCCAACAAAAUCAAACAGAUGCGAAAUAAUGGGAAUGCGACCACCGUAGAGUUAGCGGAGACCAAACAAAGGUUGGAAGAGGCUCGAGAAGAUCGAAUGUUAAUGGCAACUUGUCUUUCUUCUCUACAACAAGAGCUCGAGCGCACCAAAUACGAGCUACAACAACUUAAAGACAACUCCAAAAAUCGUUUGGCCAUCGAGGAGGAUCUUAAAUUCAUAGAAGAUGUCACCAAAUUCGAAGUGAAACCCGAGAGUACAAGUCGAGAUGCAACAUCUGCGAUGGAGUUUCAAAAGAAGAGGUACGUGAGUUUUGCAAAUCCCCAUUCGGUUGCACAAGUUAUGGUACAACCGGGUGAUGCAGGGGUGCUUGAAAGGCACCCGUCUCUGAGAAAGAAGAAAAAGAAGCCCCUCAUCCCGUUGAUCGGUGGGAUGUUUACCAAAAAGAAGAAUAUUAUCGUAGUUUAAUUUACACGUUAAAAUUCAAUAAUCAACAAAAAGUUUGAAGAAAUUUUAAAAGUGAAAUGAGUAUUUCUUGUAAUAAUAUAAGGCAAGAUGUGAAGCUAAUUAUAACAAAAAGCAAAGUUUCUUUUGUGUAUGAUUUGUUUUUGUUUUUUUAUGUCAAAAUAAACCAAAUUUAAUAUAAUGUUUAACUUUUAUGGCAUA